GUACCGGGACUCCAUCGAUCAUGCCACGAGGCUGGGGGUGAAGUUCGUGGCGCAGCCCGGUGGCUUGGUGGCCGAUGCAGAGGUCAUUGAAGCCUGCAACACAUACGGCAUGGCUCUGGCCUUCACCAAGCUGAGACUCUUCCAUCACUAG